AUGGUCGUCACGUGUCGUGCGUCACAUGACCAAACAGUCUCCAAAUGAUUCAGGAAACAGCGGAAAGUUCAUCAAACUUUUUAAAAGCUUAAAAUGUCAGAGGCAAUAUUAAUAAAACGGUGAAAAUGCAUCGCUGAGAAAUUUAAUGCGAGUUUUAUCAUUUGAACCGGAAUAAGAUCUGCUCGUGUGUCCCACUGGUGUGGUGAGGAUGGUUCUACUGGGAGGGGUUCUCUGUCUGGUUCUGGCUGCCUGGUGCGGAGCUGAGGCCAGGCGGAGGAACGUUCUGCUAAUCAUCGCCGACGAUGCGGGCUUUGAGACAGAGGUGUACAACAACUCUGCGGUCCGCACACCGAACCUCCUGGCGCUGUCCCGGCGCGCCCUGACCUUCCAGAACGCCUUCACCUCCGUCAGCAGCUGCUCACCCAGCCGGGCGGCCAUACUGACCGGCCUGCCCCAGCAUCAGAAUGGAAUGUACGGGCUCCACCAGGGAGUCCACCACUUCAACUCCCUGGAUGAGGUGCAGAGCCUUCCGUUGCUUCUGCGCCAAGCCAACAUCCACACAGGUAUCAUCGGUAAGAAGCACGUGGGCCCGGGGGAGGUCUACCCCUUCGACUUCGCCUACACAGAGGAGAACAACUCGGUGCUGCAGGUCGGACGCAACAUCACACGCAUCAAGCUGCUGGUCCGGAGGUUCUUCCAGAGCCUGAGGGAGAGGCACGGAGACGGAGACGGAGACGAUAGGCCCUUCUUCCUGUAUGUGGCCUUCCACGACACCCAUCGGUGCGGUCACUCCCAGCCACAGUACGGAGCCUUCUGUGAGAAGUUUGGCAACGGGGAGCCGGGAAUGGGGACGAUUCCCGACUGGAAGCCCGAGUACUACCGCCCGGACCAAGUGAAGGUCCCUCCCUUCGUUCCCGACACUCCGGCCUCCAGAGCCGACCUGGCCGCUCAGUACACCGCUGUCAGCCGGCUGGACCAGGGCGUGGGCCUGGUGCUGGAGGAGCUGUGCGCCGCGGGCUACGAGAACGACACGCUGGUGGCCUACAGCUCGGACAACGGCGUGCCCUUCCCCAACGGACGCACCAACCUGUACGGCUCGGGCACCGCAGAGCCCCUGCUGCUCUCCUCCCCGGAGCACCGCGCCCGCUGGGGCCAGGCCAGCCAGGCCUACGUCAGCCUGCUGGACCUCACCCCCACCGUCCUGGACUGGUUCUCCCUCCCCUACCCGGAGUACAGCCUGCCCAGCGCGCCCCAGGCCGCGGUGCAGCUCACCGGACGCUCGCUGCUGCCCGCCCUGCUCUCGGAGCCACGCGGCUGGGACACCCUGUACGGCAGCCAGUCGCUGCACGAGGUGACCAUGUUCUACCCCAUGCGCUCGGUGCUGCGGGCCCCGUACCGCCUGCUCCACAACCUCCACUACCGGAUGCCCUUCCCCAUCGACCAGGACUUCUACGUGUCGCCCACCUUCCAGGACCUGCUGAACCGCACCCGGGGGGGGCGGCCCACCCACUGGUUCAAGACCCUGGGGCGCUACUACUACCGGGACCGCUGGGAGCUGUACGACACCAGGGUGGACCCCCAGGAGACCCACAACCUGGCCCCCGACCCAGCCCACCGCGACCUGCUGGCCGGGCUGAGGGCCGACCUGCUGAAGUGGCAGUGGAAGACCGGUGACCCCUGGGUCUGCGGGCCGGACUACGUCCUAGAAGACAAGCUGGAGCCGCACUGCAGACCUCUGUACAAUGACCUCUGACCCUCUGCAAAGACCUCUGACUCCUCGACCUCUGACCCUCUACAACGACCUCUGACCCUCUACAACGACCUCUGACCCUCGACCUCUGACCCUCUACAACGACCUCUGACCCUCUACAACGACCUCUGACCCUCUACAACAACCUCUGACCCUCGACCACUGACCCUCUACAACGACCUCUGACCCUCGACCUCUGACGCUCUACAAUAACCUCUGACCGGCUAAUCAGAGGUGACCUGGUCUACAAGUGUGUGUGUGUGUCAUGGAGCAUAAUUGCUAAUUUCUUCUUUUUUUUUAAUAAAGGUGGUGACACCACAUUGACGAGG